GUGUGUGCAAGGGGUGGGGUUGGUUGAUAGGACCCUUAAUAAGGAUCAUAUGGUGGGAAGUGCAUAUGAGCCUGUUACUCAGCAAGGAAAAAUUAUAGAAGGAAUAGAUAGGCCCAAAAUAUAGAAUGUGCAUGUAAGAAGAAAGAAAGUGGGGGUUAGGAAAAGAAAUAGGGAGAAGUUAGUUAGGAUGGGGAAUGAUGUGUCAAGAAUUUAAGGAUGGGGGAAUUCUGUUAUAAGAAAGAGUAGGAAGAGUGUGAAGGGGGAGGAAGGUUAUGAGUUGGUUAGGAGGAGAGUAAUUUUCUGGAGGAUUGUAGGACUCUGGUUUUACAUGUGGUUGAAGAGCUUUCGGCUCAGUCAUCUUUUUACUGCAUAAUACUUGAAUAAUAUACUUGUGACUUGCAGUCUUAUUGUUGGGUUUCUAUCAUUGGUCUGACCUGCCGGAUCCCGAGAAGAGCUAGCAGUGUUAUCCAUGCCACCCAAAAUUUCCGACUGAGUUGAAGCAGUGGAGGAAAGAUUGUUAGCGAUGGAAGUGUCAGUACGUGAGACGUUGGGGGAAUUUCGCCGAUUAAUGUUGGAAGAGUUUACUAAGUUGCGUAAUGAGCAAGCGGGAGAUCGUCGAGAAUCUUCAUUUUCAUAUAUGAAUUCAGGGGUAGAGUAUAAAAUGGCAGAAAAGAAGGUGGAAUUGCCAUCAUUUGAUGGUACCGACCCUGUGGGAUGGAUCACGAGGGCAGAAACAUACUUUGAAGUGCAAGGUCUACAGAAGAGGUGAAGGUCCGAUUGGCCAAACUGAGUAUGGAAGGUGCAACCAUUCAUUGGUUCAAUCUUCUACAAGAAGCAGAAGUGGGGUUGUCGUUGACCAAGUUAAAAAGGGAGUUGAUCGGUCGUUAUGGUGGGCGUACUAACGAUAAUCCUUUCGAGGAGUUGAAAGAUUUGUCGCAGACGGGUAGCGUAAACGAGUACCUGGCGGAGUUUGAGUAUAUCUCGUCUCAAGUAUAUCGUUUACCAGAGUAUAUCGUUUACCAGAGGAGCAAUAUCUUGGCUAUUUUAUUGGAGGAUUGCGAUCAGAGAUUCGUCGGAGGGUUCACACCUUCAACCCGGUGAAUCGUCUGCAACCCAUGCGCCUGGCUCGAGAUGUGGAAGAAGAAUUGCAAGGGGAAGGAUUUCAGCGUAGAGGAGGAGCACGAGGUUGGAAAAGCAAUCGAGAUUGGGGUACAUGUCAAGGAGAGAAGUUUGGAUUCGGGUUGGGUCAAGGCCCAAAUUUGGGGAAAUUAGGAGUUGGGUUAGGCACAACCCAGAACACACAAACUAAACCCUUAUCGGUAGGGAGUUCAAGUCCUCACGAGUCCAACUCGGCGACACCACAAAGCAGUGUUUUCGGUGAUCAUUCUUCGAUUGCCGAUCGGAAUCGCGGCACGAAACAUUUGCCUUACUCCGAAUUGAUGAAUAGGAAAGCUCAAGGGCUUUGUUUCAGAUGUGGUGAAAAAUAUCACCCCUUGCAUAGAUGCACGGAGCGGCAACUGCAAAUGGUGGUGUUAGCGGACGAUGAAACAGUAAAUGAAUCAGGGGAAGUUAUCGCGAGUGAGAUGCGAGAAGAGGAAGAUGAUUGUACCUUGGAGUGUGGGUCUAUGGAGUUGUUCGCAAAGGUUGAAGUGUCGUGGGAUGGUCGAAAUCACCCUUCAACUCUGCGUAUAAAGGGGAGUCUCAAUGGAGUAACCUUGAGAGUGUUGAUUGAUAGUUGGGCUAGUCACAAUUUCAUCUCUCCCCAUGUAGUGGCUGCUCUAGAGUUGAAAGUGGACAAAAGAAAAAUGAUUGGGGUGCGUCUAGGAUAUCGGCAUCAGAUCUCUACUGCGGGAAAAUGUGAGAAGUUGGACGUUCAACUAGGAGAAUUCUCUACUACGCUGGAGCCAUAUGGCUGCGGAGAUUUGAGAAGGUUAUUUUUGAUUGGGAAGAGAUAACUCUAAGUUUCCUUUGGCAAGACAAAUAUCUAGACAAAUAUCUAGAACUACAAGGUCAGAAAUCAGAAAAAUAUGAAGCAAUGUCUCCAACCGGAUUACUUCAGCCCUUGCCUAUUUCGGAUAAAAUUUGGGAAGUUAUUUCUUUAGACUUUAUUACGGGUUUAGCAAAACCAAAAGGGUUUCAAGCUAUACUGGUAGUGGUGGAUUGGUUGUUCAAAUAUGGCCACUUUAUUUUGUUGAAACAUCCUUACACUGUAAGGAAAGUUGCUUAAUUGCUUGCUAAGGAAAUUGAAUUAUUUCAAUUACAAACAACAACUAUGAAAAUGAGUUCUCCUUAUGAGACCGAUGGUCAAACGGAAGUGGUAAACCGAUGUUUAGAAGCUUAUUUACAAUGUUUGAUGUCGGAACAACCCAAGAAUUGGUUAUAUGGGGGACCUUGGGCAGAAAUUGGAGAAGUGUUUUAUAAGGCAGCAGAACCGACUUUACCAACAAAGUUGACUCUUGAGGAGGAAGAUAAGGGAGAGCCUGAGACAGUGCUAGCAGCCAGGGAUAUUUCGAAGGGCGGUAACAUCAUCAAACAAUGGUUGAUGGAACGGAAGGGAAGAACAAAUAAGGAGACAACUUGGGAAGGUGAAGUGCUACUCCAGAGUCAAUUUCCUUCUUUCAGCCAUGAGAGCAAGGCUGCUAUUGCAGAAGGGAGUAAUGAUAGGACCCUUAAGAAUCAUAUGGUGGGAAGUGCAUAUGGGUUUGUUACUCAGCAAGAAAAAAUUAUAGAAGGAAUAGAUAGCCCAAAAUAUGGAAUGUGUAUGUAAGAAGAAAGAAAGUGGGAUUAGGAAAAGAAAUGGGGAGAAGUUAGUUAGGAUGGGGAAAUGACAUGUCAAGAAUCUAGGGAUGGGGGAAUUAUGUUAUAAGAGAGAGAAGGAAGAGUGUGAAGGGGGAGCAAGGUUGUGAGUUGGUUAGAAGGAGAGUAAUUCUCUGAAGAAGUGUAGGACUCUGGUUUUACAUGUGACUGAAAAGCUUUCGGCUCAGUCAUUUUUUUACUGCAUAAUACUUGAGUAAUAUAUCUGUGAUUUUCAGUCUUAUUGUUCGGUUUCUAUCAUUGGUGGUGUAUAGUGGUGUUGACGGUAGAGUGCGGGGUGAAUGAAAGUAGUACAUGCAGCAGCUGCAGAAAAGAGCUCGUUAAUUGAGAGAUUUUAAUUUUGAGAGAAAUGAGUGAGGGAGAGCUCGAGAACUAGAACUGAAGGAAUAUCUAUGGCCUGAGUUGGAUGAGUUGCUUCGAAAUGAGGAUGAUCCUAAUACUGUCUCCACUCCUUAUAAGGCUGCUAUUCCUGAAUAUCGAGUGGUUAUUCACAAUUCA